GGCGCAUGAGCUUUCACUGUGACGCCCCCCUGCGCCCCCGCAGGAGCGAGGAGAUGCGUCAGUGCCAGGCUGCCUGGGUGGCGCAGAUGCAGCGCUACGAGGACGGGCACCUGGGCGGCUUCCGCCGGAUCUACCCGCGGCCGGACGGCGAGAAGUACAGCAAGUACUUCCAGCACAGCAGCUCCCUCUUCCAGGAGACGGCGGCCUCCAGAGCGCGGGAGGAGUGCUCCAGGCAGCAGCUGCAGGAGCUGCGGGCGAGGCAGGAGCAGAAGCAGGGCGUGCUGAGGGGCCUGAGCAGGCGCGAGCUGCAGGGGGAGUCCGCCGGAGAGAGGGCCAAGCGCCGGAGAGCGCCCCCGCGUCCAGCCCGGGGACCCGCCACGCCCUUGCGGCUCUCCCUGGCCUCGGUGCCUUCCCUGCUGGAGCGCCCCCCAGACCAGGGGCUGCUCCCAGGCGCCUCGGAGGAAGAGGAGGAGGAGGAAGGGGAGGAGGUGGAGAGGAUGAGCGGGCUGCUGCGCCGGGCGAGCCUCAUCCGGGACCUGGGCGUCGUGGAGCGGGUGUGCCAGCUGCUGCGGGCCACCCCCCACGCCGGGGGCCUCGCCCCCCAGCUGGAGUCCCUGGCGGACCUCUCCAGGAGGCCUCUCGCUCAGCCGGGCCCCUCUCUGCCUGUGGCCCAGUGUCCUGGGGGGCCCGAGGGGAGCCUGUGUCUCCAGUACCUGCCUCCCCAGGGGCUGGCGCAGCAGCGCUGGCCGGGCCUGGCGCUGGGCCUGGGACCAGAGAGGAGCCCGCCCGAGCCGGGCCAGUGCGGGCCAGCCGGGGCACUGCGCAUCAGGGCCCCAGAAGAGAUGGCGCAGGAGGGGGCGCCACGUGGGCCCGCUCAGUACCGGAGGGCCACCAGCGCGCACAGGAUCCCCAGGACAACCGGCGCCGCCGCCGCCCUGGGCAAGCAGGCCCGGCUGGGCAGCAUGAGCUCCUCGUACUCGGAGGUCCGCGGGCGCCUGCGCUUCUCCGAGGCCCCGGCCGGCCAGCGGGGGCUGCUGUACCCCCACGUCAGCCCGGACCCCCAGGCCCUGCAAGGCCUCUUUGUCGUCUCCACGCCGGCGCCCCUCGUGCGCCGCCCGGGAUUCGCCCAUCCCGUCCGCGAGAGCGUCCGGAGAGCUGUGCACCCCGAGGCCGGCAGGUAGGGGGCCCCCCGCCCCCCAGCUUCCCCGACCCCACUUGCACCGGCCGCUGCAGACACGAGCCCCAAAACUGGACUGAGCUGGGUUGGUGCCCCCAGCUGUUUUUUUUGCACCAGUUGAUUUUUAACCAUAGAUUUUACAAGUAUUGCGGGAAAAGAAAAAAAAAAUCAAUCAAAAUAAAGCAAAGAUAAAAAUGUGCCAUUAAUUAAGAGACCCUCCUUCACGCUGGACAUCAUUCUGGUUAUUCCACCUCCUCUCCAACACGGUCUGGGUUUUACGAUGGGUUUUAAGAUCCCUGAUGCGUGACUGAAAUGCAGCUUUCAGUUUACCCUGACCUUUGCUCAGCAAAUGAUGCUGCUCCCUCAGGCAUCUGCUAAAGCUGAGCCAGGGGCUGCUGCCAAGCACGGCUGUGUUCUGGGUUUAGCUCAAGACAUCCCUGAUACAAAACUAAAAGUAUCUGGGUCAGAGGUUAGAGACGGGCUUGUCCCCAGUGACCCACCAUGUGUGAGCCUGCGCGCAUUAGUCCUCCUGGUGAAUUUUAAGGCCAAGGCUCUGUAGUAAGAACUACAAUUGUUGAUGCAGAGCUCACCCUUUCACCUCUGCGAUAAGGGUGUCUUCUAAAUGAAUGAUUACGAUUUAUAAUUACAGCAAAAAUAUAAGUGGUUGCUGCCUCAGUGUUGCAGUACAAACUGCAUACUUGCUUUGAAGUUUCCAGACUGCUGUCUGUUUUGUUCAUUAACCCACAUGAAUUUGGUGCAGACUUCAGCAUGGCCCUUCUCAGUGUGUUCGUUUUCAGCUGAACAAAUCAGGACUUCACACACGCAGGAUUCCAGGAGGUGUGAGUUUUGAUCAAAAGUGUUUAUAUAUUAUUUGAAGACGACGCACAGUUUUCCAGCUUGGCUGCAGUAGCUUAGGUCUGGCAGAGGUGGAAGACAAGAAGAUAAGCACCAGUAGCCUGCAGUCUGGUGACUUCCUGUCCUCCCAGUGCUCUCCUUAGACUCCUUGGCUGCCCUGUGAUGCGGCCCACAUUUUCAUUUCUUGCACCAAACCUGUUGUCAACUAAGCAACAAAAGUGCUGGUUUGCAGAAAAAUCCUGCAGUGGGAUGGAUUGGAAGGCACAGGCAGUUUGGGUUCAAUCUCAGGGAUGACCCAGGUUCUGGUACCGUUUCCUUGUCAUUGUUUAGGUUUCCUGGUACUGUCUCCUGAUCAUUGAAUCACAACAUUAGAAUGACUUGACUUGACCUGCACUUGGAAAGCACUGUUCUGUUGAUUGACUAGCACAUUGAGACUACGGAUGUGACGUGAUUUGAUCCAUUACCAUAUUGUACUAUUUUUAUGAAGUUGUGAUUACAGUAUGUUGCAAAAUGUUUUGCUGAAUGAAUAUAUUUUUAAAACCUUUAA